UGGUCUGAUAUUUGUUUUGACAGUCACUAUUAAGAUUGGUUAAGUUUGACUUACCAAUCUAUCUUUCUUUCUUUAGCAUUGGACACACCAGUUGCUGUUAUACUGUACUUAAAAAAAAUAAAAUAAAUCUGAGCUUCACUAUCGUUUCACCUGCACCAUGCAAGCAUUCGUCCAUGUUUCCUCGUGUGCCUGGCCUUGCCUUCCCUCCCACCAUGUGGCUUUAGUCCAAGUGGAGGCGCUUGAGAGAGGCACGCUUGGAUAGCAGGAGCACAGUCGCACACCGUCCACUGCACGGUGCGCAGCGCAGAUAAAAACCUGUCCGGGAGUUUUAAAAAUUUUGUCAACGAGAAAUUUACCACCCCACCUAAAUUGCUCUUCGCUCCUUUUUUCGCCCCCUCACGUUUUUCCAAGGCAGCAUCACUGAGAGAGCCCAAAGGAGCGUUGCCACUGUUGCAUUUAGGAGACGACUUGGGCGGAGGGCCGUGCUGCUGCAUUGAAGUACAAGUUCCUCAUUUCGGCCGCUGGAGAUUCUGCGUGAAGCGGCAGCGACAUGACAGCCGAGAAGAGCGGGCCGAUUAUAAACGGUAAACCGGAGGACAGCAGGGAUACGGACGACUCCACUUCCAGCCUGGACAACAGGGAGUACUACGAGAGAGGCCAGUGGAACAACAAGAUCGAGUUUAUCCUGUCUGUGGCCGGAGAAAUCAUCGGGCUGGGCAACGUCUGGAGGUUUCCUUACCUCUGCUACAAGAAUGGAGGCGGUGCCUUCUUUGUUCCGUACGUCAUCUUCUUCAUAUGCUGCGGCAUCCCCGUAUUUUUCCUGGAGACCGCACUCGGUCAGUUUACCAGUGAGGGAGGAAUCACAUGCUGGAGAAAAGUCUGCCCCCUGUUUGAGGGCAUUGGCUAUGCAACGCAGGUGAUUGAAGCUCAUCUAAACGUCUACUAUGUAGUCAUCCUCGCCUGGGCCAUCUUCUACCUCUUUAACUGCUUCACCACUGAGCUUCCGUGGGCUGCCUGUGGCCACUACUGGAAUACUGAGAACUGUGUCGAUUACUAUGGAGAAAAUUCCACCAACAUUACUAACCCCAACGCAACCUCUCCCGUUAUUGAAUUCUGGGAACGGAGAGUCCUAAAGAUAUCCGAUGGCAUUGAGCACAUGGGCGGGAUGCGCUGGGAGCUGGCCAUGUGCCUGGCACUGGCUUGGUUUAUCUGCUACUUCUGCAUCUGGAAGGGACCCAAAUCGACUGGCAAGGUUGUGUAUGUGACAGCCACAUUUCCUUACUUCAUGUUGCUGAUUCUGCUGAUCAGAGGAGUAACUCUGCCGGGAGCGUAUGACGGCAUCAAGUUUUACCUCUACCCAGAUAUCUCUCGUCUCUCCGAUCCCCAGGUAUGGGUGGAUGCAGGAACACAGAUCUUCUUCUCCUACGCCAUCUGCUUGGGCUGCCUUACUGCCCUUGGAAGUUAUAACGCCUACAACAAUAACUGCUACAGGGACUGCAUCAUGUUGUGCUGUCUGAACAGCGGCACCAGUUUUGUAGCAGGUUUUGCUAUUUUCUCUGUGCUGGGAUUCAUGGCUUACGAACAGAACGUUCCCAUCGAGGCCGUGGCGGAAUCCGGUCCUGGUCUUGCCUUCAUUGCAUACCCAAAAGCCGUGACCAUGAUGCCUCUGUCUCCACUUUGGGCCUGUCUCUUCUUCAUGAUGCUCAUCUUUCUCGGGCUGGACAGUCAGUUUGUGUGCGUGGAAAGCUUGGUGACAGCUGUGGUGGAUAUGUACCCGGAGACGUUCAGGAGAGGCUACCGCAGAGAAUUGUUGAUUCUCGGCAUGUCUGUAGUUUCUUUCCUAAUAGGACUCAUCAUGUGCACAGAGGGAGGGAUGUACGUCUUCCAGCUUUUUGACUCAUACGCCGCCAGCGGCAUGUGCUUGCUGUUUGUGGCCAUCUUUGAGUCCAUAUGUAUCGGAUGGGUGUAUGGCAGUGACAGAUUCUACCGAAACAUUGAAGACAUGAUUGGUUACAAGCCCGUCUUCUUCAUUAAAUGGUGCUGGAUGAUUUUGACCCCCGGCAUCUGUGCUGGUAUUUUCUUGUUCUUCUUGAUCAAAUACAAACCGCUCAAGUACAACAACGUGUACACCUAUCCCGACUGGGGCUACGGCAUCGGCUGGUUAAUGGCCAUGUCUUCUAUGGUGUGUAUACCUCUGGGGAUCAUCUGGAUGAUCUGGAAGACUCCUGGAACUUUCUCUGAGAGAAUGAAGAAGUUGACGACACCCAGCCCAGACCUGAAGAUGCGAGGGAAGCUCGUCGCCCUCAGUUCGUGUGCCGCCAAUGACGCCAUGCUAAAGGCUGAUGGGAAAAUAUCCACUGUCUCAGAGAAAGAAACACAUUUCUAACUGACUUGCUGGUCUCAAUUAAAUCCAACCCCUAAAAAAAAAA